UUCGUCGAACACCCGGUAUAUAUAAAAUUGUAAUUGAAAUAUAAUAUUGAAACUAGUUUCAUAAAAUUAUUUAGGAUCAAAAUUAGAAUUACAACAGUUAAUAAGUUUUCUUCUCUUACGUAAGUAUUUUCCGUGCAUUCUGUUUCACUUCAUAUCUUCGUUUUUCCUUGUUUGUAAAACUGGCGUGGAACUACAUAUGUGUGUAACAUUCGACGCGAAAACAUUUUGCGAAAGAUCGAGAAACAACAUACGGUACGCUUGGAUGAAGUAUCCUUAAUAUUUAAUCCACGUCGGACAGCAGAUCGAACUACUACACUAUAUCUUGGCAAUUUCUUUUUUACGAUCGCCGACUCAAGAGCAACAACACAACGUUAUCUCUCGUGCUUGAUAUAUUUCUUUCCACCAGAAGGUAAACAUAUUUACCAAGAGGGUAUUGCACGGUGAAAAAUACGAUAACGAUCGAAAGGUCUUAUCGCGACGAUUUACGCUCUCGGUAGUCUCGACCAUGUUUUGAUGACUCGAGGCGACGCAGGAACGUCAAAUUUCGCAAACAACGUCUAUUACGCAAACUUUCUGCUUUGUUAAAACGAGCAGAACGAAUUUACAGGCGGGGAAAAAAAAACUUUUUUUCCGACGAGCGUCGAUGGCGAUACAUUAUCUCGGAAUACGUUUCUGCGAAUCGCGUCUUGUUUUGAUACGAUCGUUCCAGAAGAACUUUCGGACGUUACGAUUUGUUUUUUUCUUCAUUUCUAUUUUUACUUUUAAAAAAUCGUCGGGCGACGCGAACACGUCCUCCGUUCGAACGACACGUAUUUCUCUUUGCUCGAUUAAAUUGAAGAAGAAUAGACCCCCACUUUCGACAGCCGUUUAUUUCAUUAUUUCUCGUAGUUUGUUCACGGACGUGCGGCAAACUAGGUCACGCAUGAGCCUUCGUCGUGUAACGUGCACGACAUCCGUUCUCCGUUUCCUAGCCAUCGUUUGUGUCUGGAACGCAUCGUUGCGGAGGGCAUAACCCUGACUGUAUAGAUUGAUACCGCUUUAUCAAUCUUCCGAAGCACGGUCGUCGCUAUAGUUACUGGCGCCCCGAUACAACUUUCAAUUUGGCACCCUCGACAUAUACACAAUGACCCAUUUAACCAUCGCGUCAAUAACCGUGUACUGGGAUAGCCUUUAUCAUAUUUCGUUAAAAAAUUUAUACAGUGAAAACUCGAUAGAUGUCGCUAGUCCGGGUCCGAAUCCGAAUCCGGAUCCGGUCAGGAACACUUAUGGAAUAGUAGAAUCGUUUUUCGAAUUUGAUUGCAGUUUGCUGACACCUCGAACGUAAAAAGAGGAACUUUUCAUUUCUGAAAAUAUUUCAGUCCGCACAAAAUCUGAAAUUGCGUGCCAAGACGUGUCAAUUUCGAGCGAAUGUCUCAGUGAGGUUAGGGAAGGGUACUUAAUGGCACCUCCGAAACAUGUACGUACUCGUAUAUUCGCAAGGUCAAUGAAUAGUACAUUUAUAGAACAGAGGUAGCUAACGGAACCUCCAAUCUCAUAAGUGUUGCAGUUUCUGAUCACUUACGGAACAGCGGAAGCGUUCCGUUUGAAAAUAGCUACCUCCUAUUCGGUAAAUGCACCCAGCACCUCAAACCGUUGAUCGUUGCACAGUUCGCAUGUAGGGGGGUCUUCUUUGUCGAAGAGGUAUUCGUAGGUCAGUUUAGUAUGGCUUAUUAUGAUUCGAGAAAUUUUCACUCGAUCCAAUCUGGAUAGAAUUCAAUUUUACGCUACCAAAUAUUGACCGAUUUAUAUCGUGUUUGGUCUCGUUUUAAUCAGAAAAAUCUCCCCCACGUGAUAGUAAAAUUUUUAUUAACAAAGAGUAUAAAAUAAAAAAUUUUCUUUUGUACAGUAGUGUGAUCACACAGCAGGGGCAUUCAAACGAAGGUGACGAAGGCAAUAAAGAUUUUUAAAGAUAGGCGAUACGUCUCCGGUUACAUUUAGCCUCGCUGGUUCGAGGGGGGCUCCCCCUAGUGGUGGGGAUAAAAGUGUAGCAUUUACGGGACAGCUCCUGAGGACAUUCAUCGAGUUUUCACUGUAAUUCUCUUAAUCGUAUUAUUCUUAAAAGAAUAACAAACCAAAUAAUUCUAUUUGCAAUAUUAUACGUAAUUAAUUACAUUAGUUUUAACAUUCCUCCCAUAAAGAAUUAGGUAAUUCGUUAGUCAUUUUUAUUUUAAAUUUAUGUUCAUAGAUAGCAGUUCUUAUUUGGAAGAGAUUGGAUCAUUCCCGUUACGCUUUUAUUACUAACUUUAGACGAGUUUGUAAAUUGAAUGAAACGUGCCACUUUCGUUGCAAUCUUCUAAUAAAACUAAAAGGUUGUCGUUGUAGAUAAUUUAAUCUUGUUGUAAAGCUAACGACAUGCCACAAUAAGGCCGUAGACUAAAUAUGAUUUAUCACAACUGCGCAAUGCAGUAUUCGAUUGGCACGCAGCGUUCCCAAUCGUCAAUCGUUGGGGAUAAUAACCUAAACGUCGUAGUUUUGUUGAUCAAAUAAUCGUAGUUAUUUGUAAUCCGAUUGAUGAUCUACGAUAACGGUUAAGAAAUAAAUGUACGAUGAUUACACGGCUUAACGAGUACCGAUCAUACGGUAAUCACGUAUUAAUUUCUGGACAAUUACACCGUAAUUACAUGGCAAUUUAUAUAAUAAUUAUUCUCUAAUUACAUAGUUAAUAUGUAAUAAUGACAUGUUAGCGGUAAUAGUAAAUUGGUUAGAUUAUUUCGUCUCAAUUUUUACGAUAACCUACGAAAUUCAUUUUCAUUGGGAUCGUAACAUUUCGUUACGUAACAAUAUUAUCACGUAAAUUACAGUCGAUCCAUGGCAGAAUUUUUUUUAAUUUACUUUCCCUGCUUCUUAAAUGCUAAUAAUUUUAUCAAUAUCUAUUUUAUCAUUUCGUAUGGAAAGCUACAGCGAGAUAUAAUAAUACGUAAUUUAUGUAACGUGAAUUUCUUUGGUUUUCUCUUUUUUGUCGAAGCGCCCCGAUAAGGCGUAUCGUUUGGCUUCGCGUAAAGCCAGUCCUGCUCUCAGGAUGGAGACUGUGUUUACGUUGGCUGUGUAUCAAGAUUGAACGACCACUUUCGAUAUUAAACAUCUGUUAUGAAAUUGAACCAAUGUUCGAUGGAACAGCCACAAUUUCAACAAAAUCCAAUUCUAGUUUCAUAAUUGGGAGACUUAAUUCAUAUUUAAUACACUCCCUUUGUGGCUAAUUUUUUAAUUUUCUGUACUUUCAUCCACGAACUAGAUUAUAAAAUUUCUCUGUUCAUAUUAGCUAUGUCGGGAAAAUUUGAAUUUUCGCGUGUUGAGAAUGGGAUUCAAGAUGGCCGCUCGAAUGCGUGCGCCUCACUGGGACGACUGUUACACAUCUGUACGCACCUAUGUGCGGCGUGGCGAGAAUCUGUGUCGUAAGGAAUCGUUUGGGUAAUCAGAUGCGUCGAGCACGCGUCGAGUGUCGAGUAAGUGCGAAGUAUCGAGGGUGAAUUUAAUAAACUAUUAUACCUGAGCCACGAGUGUAUUCAUGUGGUGAUCGUUGAACAUAACCCCAAUCAACACCUCAACACGCGUUCCAGAACCAUUAGCAGUCGUAUAAAUAAUAUCUUUGACGUCACUCUUGCCUAUUCCCUUAAUUGUCUUAAGUUCACUAAUAAAUCAAAAAAUUUGUAUUCGUUAUCCGUGAAUAAACGCUAACCUCAAUGUCCUAAAAUUAACGUGGUCGUGUAAAAUCGUCGAUAUGUGUUCGCGGUUACGGAAAUACGUUGCACGAAGAACAAAAACGUACGAUCAAAGGGGGAAUAUACGUAGGUGCAUUGAAACGAACAGAAUCGUCGAUAUUUAAUUACAAUCGACGAACGCGGAACACGCAAAGGCAGUGAAUUGCUAAAAGCGGUCUGUUUUUAUCAAACCUCGAUUUCUUAUUCCGUGUACAAUCGUCGGACGAUUUCUCAUUCAUUGGAUCGCAUGUAUCCUUGGGACAAUUUUAGAAUACGGGAAAAGUGUUGGAAAUAAUUCAUUAGAAUUGCUGCAACGAUUUUGAUCGAUCGGAAAACGGUUUCGUGGACACGAACGGUACUUUUACGUCAAUUUUUCCAGAGGGCAGGCCUGCACUUUCUGUAACGAGAUAAACCGGUGUAGCAGCUGAUUCGCUGCCAAGUGCAAAUCGGUAACCCAAUGAUAAAUUGCCGUGAAAUUGCACGCUGACUUUAUCCGCGCCAAGCAGACUGAAGAGAAUGGAGGUCUUUCACGCGUAAACGAUUUUCCAACGAUCAAAGCCUCGAUCAGGGGAUAGGUUAUCCGCAGAUGGGAUCUUCGUUGAAUCACGUAUUCGUUCAAUACAAAAUACGAUUCGAGGAGCUCGUGAAAGGUCAAAUUUUGACCGAUACUUUUGUCCUGCUAACAAGAGGGGAGAAAGCAAUAAGAUUACGACACGUCUGCGGCGAAGCCUCGAAGAAGUCGACGCACUGUUGUCACGGUGUUGUGAAAUCAGGUCGACGCGUAUUUUAGAUCUUUCGUGAAACGCGAAAAGAAAACACUUCCUACGCGAUAAGAUACGCCGGUGACGCGAAACGAUACGAUUAUUUACGUAUUCGCGACGGCCGAGCCUCCCCGGCCUUUGGACUUUAACCGUCUGUGUAUUUAUAUGCAUACAUAAUCGGCGACGUAUUCCCGUCCACCGCACCAAAAUAGUUUUUUAUUUCAAGGUGGUCCGCGGCUACGUUCGGCCAUAUUGGAAAUUCCGGGGAACGCAUCCUGGAAAAAACGAAUGCGAGCGAGCAAAUUGAAGUCUCGUUUUGUAUACCGGAAGUAGCGAAAGACAACGAUUGGCGCCACCAGCGGCACGCGAAAUAUACAAUAAUCGUGGAUCAAUUAACCUCUGCAUCGUCGCAUUCGUUGCACGUGUACUCCUUCCCGUGGUCCUGUGAAAUGCAGUGCCAACUGUUUUAGGUUAGGUGAUCCUUGGAUUUUUUGCAUCUGUCUUCUGCUAGACAGUCAGCGCCACAUAUUCGGGUCGGUCGUCGUCGAAUAUCUCGAUGUUUUAUAAAAUCGAAGCAAUAUACAGGAAUAAAAUAGAGGUGUUGUCCGGUGGCGCGAUUUCUCGUGAUAUUUUUCACGGUAAAAAGUCAUUCCUGCGUGUAUUCGGCGCGUAUUUGGGAAUUCCAUUGACUUCAAAGUGAUUCCGGCGACUUCCGGCCAAGACAAGCCCAUGUGGACAGCAGCAGCAGCAGCAGCGGUGCUUCCGAUCAUUUCGCGUUGAGGCUCUUACUCGUGUUCCCCUCGUGACAAAAAAAGGUUUUCCAACGGCAACUCGCGCGUGCAUCGCGAAAGUCAUCGCAGCAUGGCUGACCUGGACGAUUUCUUCGCGAAAAAGGAUCGCAAAAAAGCGAAAGGGAAGAAGUUCACGACCACCGAGGAGAUAGCGAAGAAAUUGGAGGAGACGGGAAAGCGGUUGGGAAAGUCGAAAACGAAAGAUAAACCGUUGAACCCGGAGGGUGAGGAGUCCCAACAGAUCGAGGAAGAAGACGAAUGGAGGGAAUUUGAGGAAGAGAAGAAGGAUUAUACCGGUUUAAAAAUAGGAAACUUGACACUUAACGAGUCUUUGGACGUAGAGUCAGAAGAUGAGAAGGGCACAGGAGAUAAUAGUUCCGACGGUGAGUCCGGGGAAGCCGGUGGUAAACACUCGGGACCAUGGAAGAAGCCCGAUGUCCCUCCUCCGCAACCUCAAGAAGUAGCAGCGGAAGUAGUCGCGCCACCACCACCUGUUACAUCCGGAAGUAGUUAUAAGCCACCACACUUAAGGGGUAAUCCGACCGUAGUUGCUAAUCCAAGACAAAGAGGGAAAAAUAUUGCUCCUGAUAUACAUAGCGAAGAAUAUUUCCCGACAUUGAACUCCAAGCAGCAACAGGUUGUAGAACCCAUUGGACCAUGGGGUAGACGGAAACGAGACGAAGGUUCGUUCGAAGAAGUGCGUAAUAGAGGGGGAAGUAGAUCGUACAGUGUGCAGGAUUUACAAGCUCAAGCGCCCAAACUUUCUCUGGGUAACAAAUACGGUGCCCUCUCGCAAGAUCAGAGCUGAAAGCAUCUCCCUUGACUCAAUCAAAUGACAAACAAUCAAUAUUGCGUCAUCGCCUCUCUCCGUUUCGUGGCCCAGCUGCGCUAUAAAAUACGUUUUCUAGGAUAGAACGCAACAACAGACGUGUAUCAUAGUAUGCAUCACGAUCACGUACAUGCUCUAGUUUCGAAAGGCCCAGGCUGUAAAUCCAUUUCGUUCGAUAGGAGUCGCCUGUCGCCAAAACCGGACGCAUCUCGAUUAACGGGAGGUUCAAUGUUCUCGCGGAGGUUUAUUUUCGUACGAAGACAUGCUCAAACAUUUAGCACCAAUUUUUCUAUUUAAUUCUUUUUUUUUUUUUUUUCUUUUUUUUAAUCUACGCGGAUCGUACCGAACAAGGCGCGAGUACGAUUCCGCGGGGCGAAGCGGAAGCCGAAACUGGACGAUGGAAGAAGAGUUCGCGCGGUCGCAAUUUGUUUCGCGCACGGUGCUGUUUUUCAUUUAGCGUGUACGCUUUACUACCACGUUCGAUCGCUUUCGAAAUAUCGCAGAAAUAGAUUAGAACACAUGAUACUCAUAACAUGGCAACCACGACAAGAAAAACGAAACGCGUGCACGCGUGCACGCGGGAGAGUAACUUAUUAAGUUGAACGAUAACGGCGAAAGGGAUCGAUCGAUCGCGAUCGAGAGACCUUUCAGAAAAUAACGAUGAACCUACUUGGGCAGUCUUUUUUUUUUUUUGUUUGAAGGAAAUCAUUUCGCUCAACAGCAAUGUACGUCAACGAACACAUGGUCUAGGUGAAUUAAGAUAUAUAUAUGUAUAAAUAUAUAUGUAUAUGUUAAUUAAAAAGUAACUGAAUUCCGGGGCUGGGCUUUGGAACGGCGCAAAACAUACAAUACGAAGAAAUAAAAAAGAAAAAUAAAAACGGAUAUACUGAACAAAAAAUAUAUGCGAAUAUAUAUAGAUAUAUAUCAGAAAACGAACGAGCACGGAAGCUGAGAAAAUUUAAGAGGCGUAUACAAAAAGAAACAAGAGAGAGAGAGAAAGUGAGAGACAAACAAACACACACACACACACACCACGCGCGCGCGUAUCGAAUACAAUAUAUACAAAAGGAAGGACGUAUGUACGCUUUUGUUGACGCUUGUUUAAUUAUUUUUGUUAAUUUAGAGAUUUCUGUCGCGAGAAAAAUGGAAAAAAGGAAACUAUAGGAGUUAAUAAUGGUGGGAUUUUCCUGUGUGUGAUCAGGAACUCGGGGUGCUAGGCGGUGGUUAUUUUUGAA